AUGGCCACUCCACCACUUCCCAAUUAUCCCAACGAUAAUCAGGGACCCAUCAUUCUUGCAACGACCGGGACUGUGACAGCGCUGGCACUGAUUACCCUAGCUCUUCGACUAUUCGUGCGCAUAAGGAUGAUUCGGAAUGUUGGAUGGGAUGACUACGCAAUGAUCAUGGCAGCGGCACUGUGCAUCGCGGGUUUCAUUUGCAUUGUACCGGAAGUUCAUAAUGGCGCUGGACAGCAUAUCAAUCAUGUUGACCGUGCACAUUUUGGUCGGGGUCUCAAAUGGAACUUCGUAACACAGCCAAUUUACCUGUGGUCAAUCUGCUUGGUCAAGAUUUCAAUUGGCUUCUUCCUUCUCCGAGUCGCAGCUACGACCUUCUUCAGACGACUAAUCAUUAGCAUCAUGGUCUUCAUGAUGGUGUAUACUCUAGUGUGCUUUUUUACAAUUGUGCUUCAAUGCACACAUCUUUCAGUGCUGUGGGACUCCACAGUCAAAUCAAAGUGUUUUGCGCCAACCACACUUAGAGCGUUGAGUUACACCAAUGUUUCACUGAACAUCCUGACCGAUUUCAUGUUCUCCAUAUUCAUUCCUAUCCCGAUGUUAUGGCACGUUCAAAUGAAUUUCAGAACUAAGAGCUCUAUUGUUGGAAUCUUGGCCUUAGGUAUUUUUGCUACUGCUGCCGCACUUGUCAAGACGAGCUAUCUCCCGAACUACGGCCGUCACGGGGACUGGCUUUGGGACUCCCGAAACUUGACAAUCUGGACCGUCAUGGAAUCCUGCGUCGGCAUCGUAGCAGGUAAUCUCCCAUGCAUGAAACCUCUCUUCAAACGCGUACUAGGCAGCACCUAUGGCCGCGGCUCGGCCAAACGAUCCUCAAACCUCCAGUAUUACCGGGGCGGAUACGGAGGAGCCACCGGCCACUCAGCCAAAAACUACAACUCACUAGAGUCGCGCACGACAAAGGAAGGGGUAGCGGUGGGGGUAGACGCAAACGGCGACAACGACGCAAUCAUGAUGACGCGGAUCACAGCUCGGAGCAAGUCUGCAAAUAGCGUGGAUAGCCAGAGCAAUAUCAGCGACGACAGCAUUACACGGCUAGAAGGCGGCCGAUUCGGCAUCACUAAAACGACUACGACCAAGGUCGCGUUCACCAAGAAAUCGGAGAGCAAAGACGAGGUGGCCCCCGAGAGGAAGGAAACGCAUUUAGUAUAA